CCUGCAAAUUUGGGUGAAGACGGUUUUGCCUAAAUCAAACGGAGAGAAGAAGAAAAAGGUUGCAAGUUUCGACGAUCAUACAUCAAUCUCAGGAACCACUCCUUCUUCUCGAAGAUUCAGAAACUCUCCUUCUCGAUUUUUUCUUCUGUGAAAAUGAAUUGCGAAGUUUGCCAGCUCAAGGAACUGGAAGUAGAAUUUUUCGAGCUACGCGAGGUUCUACACUGCAUUCUACAUACUAUUGUCUUUCACCGAGCACUUGGUCUUAUCCGUCCUAAAGAUAUUGAUUUGGAGCUUUUUGAGAUCACAUACGUACAAUGCGGUGAAAUAGAAGUGGAAAAGAAAAUUGAUGAAAAGAUUGAGCAGUUCAUAAGCUGGAUUGAGAAACAUCCCAACAAGAAAAGUCAGAUAUGUCUAUCAUUUUAUGAAGUCAAAAGCAAACAGCCGUCUUGGUUCACCAACAAAAUCGAACGAUUGUACUGGGAACAAUGGUACAUCAAUCUGAAUGUGCUUCAGCCCACUAAAUCCCCAAUUGGCAAGUCCCACCAUUCUAAACUAGUUAUGGACCCUGGAGAGGCAUCUGAGGAGAGAAGUUCCCGUAGGACACUCCUUGAGCAAUCUCUUCAAGAAGUCUUAUUCCAAAUCAUAAAAUUCGUGAAUGAUAAAAAGGAUCACGUUCCUCCCAUCAACGAUGGUGUAAUCUACUGCCCUUUUGAGAUCACUAUCCCAAGCUCAUCAGACUCGGCAUUUGGGAUGGAUAUGAUCAAGAGGAUGCUCCACAGUGGCCAUCCAUCGAUGCUCAGUUGAUUCCAUUAUCCACUCAACUUAGGUACACUGUACAUAUACAACUUGAUGUUGCUUGGUGCAUGCCUAACUCUAAUCAACACUUCCUAUUUGCAUUUUCUGUGUAAAUAUAUAUUACACGUGCCUCUUCCUUUGAAUGGGGUCGUUGACUCGUUGAUGGAUAAUGUUUGUUUUCUCUCUAUUACGGAUGGAUACUGUAGUUAAGUGAUCCUUUUUUAUCCAAGCGAACAAAUUUAAGUCUCCAUCAGAAGCAAAAACAAGACAUGUUUCUCUCUAUUGUAGUUUUUUGUUCACAAGUAGCAAUUGAAGUAAA